AUGGAAGAGAGCGGCUGGCAGCAAGUGCGUACCUACGCUGACCAUCUGGGUCAUCGCGUGGUGCUUGAGCAGUACGUCGUGCCAGACCCAGAACCCGACCACCUGGUUCCUAUCCAGGUUUAUAGCCUUGUCCCCCUGGAUGACGACCACGAACAGCUACGGGAAUACCUGAUGCAAAAUUUCUGGAGUGAUGAGGUCGUGCCUAUGUUUGAGAUUUAUUCAUACCGCCCGCCCGACCCCUUCGCCUGUAUUGAGCAUAACCGCCUCGAAAUCGCUCGCCGUAAGCAGCAACACCGGUCAGGGAUCGAAAAUGCACCCCCGCUGAUUCCGCAAUUUGCCGGUCGUCCCGACAAGUCGAUUCCCAUAGGGUUUUGUGUCCUAAUACGGUCGCACAGCUAUCGACUGGGCGAAACCGACGAGGAAGACCUUGCUGAGGCGGGCGAAGGCCCGGAUAUGCUCUACUUCAACCGCUCGUUUUCCAGCACGCGCAGUGAUAAUCAGAAUGACCUCGGGGAGAUUGUCGUACUCGAUAUGUUCAACAACGUCGGUCGCGCCGGGACGCGAGACGCCUUGGACGUAGACGAGGGUGAGCCUCCCAUCUCGGAUAUACCAUCAGAAGAGCAAAUCCGCGACGAACUUGGCCAGGAAACUGCAGUUGGCGGCUUCUCUCUUGAUCCGGCAUACCAGGUUACUCAGGAUGCCGAUAUUGUAACAGUCAGCAAUACUCCUGAGGGAAACAUCUCUGAUAUUCAAUACAUUGUCCAUGCGCUUUUUCUCAGCUCUAUCCGCGACACAGCAGGGUCCUCCCUUUUAGAAAUCACAGCGCACCUCUUCACAGCAUCAAUUGUCUCUCACCUCCCGGCCAAUAAAACCCUCACUCUCAAGUUCUUUAUCCCAAAGUCCCCUACUUGGGCGGCCAUCCGCCCCGCUCAAACUGAAGUUAUUGAAGUUCUAUCCUCUCAAUCAACCCAAGAAGAGAACCGAGAAGAUCCCUUCCCUAUCGGCGCCCUGCACACCUUCCAUGCGGGCGACGGACAAUCCCCUACAACGCACCGCAUGACGCCUCAACUCAGCGACGCGUAUUUUGUCCCGACAGAAAAGCCGCCCCGUAUCCCAUUUCGCCUGUUCACAGUUGUGCUCGAUCGCGCCAAGUUUGUCUCCGAGGCCGGAGUUUAUUUCUACAAGGCGUACUGGGAUUCGACUGGAAAUGUGGACCCCUACGCAGAGGAUGCUCCCGAUGAUACACAGGUUUCGCGUGGCGUGGACUUAAGUACGACUGCCGGACGGUUGGGGCUGGUGGUUCCUGACAGGUAA